AAACGCUCCGCAGUGAAUCGUAUGUCACUUGGUUGUGUAUUGAGAUAUCGAGGAACUCUCACCAAGCUUUUCUCCUGUUUCUGAUAUUCCUUUAUUAUUGUUUGUCAUUUUUUUUUCUCCUUUCUCUCGGAAAUAUUUACUUAAAACUUUCCUCUGUCUCUCAUCAUCUGAGCUUUCAGAAUGUCUGAGAACUUCACAGUUGUCACAGCUCCCUAUGUGGAACUGACCAUAACUAGCAACAUAAGUCCCAUCACUUCUAUAAAACGGUUUCCCAAGGAUUUGACAAUCGCUGAUUUAAAGAUGAAAUUAAUUCUGUUAACUGGUGCCACAAUGAAUAUGAAGCUCCACUUGUAUCAAGCAAAAAGAAGUAUUUGCAGUAUGGAUGAAGAUAGUUCUCUUUUAGGUUCCUAUCCAGUUGAAGAUGGCUACAUUUUACAUGUGACUGAUGAUUCUGUAACUCCUGUUGAUUAUGUAGAGUGUGACGUAGAGAAUCGCUAUCAAAUGUCAGAAACAGAAUAUGCCAAAAAGUCAGAUAAUUUCCGGGCUUACAAAGAAAAGAAUUUAAAAAAUCUUUCUGAAUUGAAAAACACAGAAAAUUUAAAGCAGAAUGAAGAUAAAGAAAAAGAGGAGGAGAAACUAACUGAAUCAUUUAAAAUAGGAGACAGAUGUAAAGCAGAAGUUAAAAACCAGCCUCCUCGAACUGGAACAAUAAAAUAUCUUGGUCUUACUGACUUCCAGCCUGGUCACUGGGUUGGAAUACAAUAUGACGAGCCUGUUGGAAAAAAUGAUGGCAGUGUCAAAGGUAAACGGUAUUUUGAAUGCCUCAUGAAGUAUGGUGGAUUUGUACGACCAAGUUCUGUUACUGUUGGUUACUUCCCUGAGCCAGAUGACAUUGAUGAAUUUUGAGAUGGCAAA